UCAGAAGUUAUGAAUGUAAAUACAGAAAGAGAAGUCAUUGCCAAAGCCGUACUCAGAAGCGAAUGUGAUAAUUAUUUUUACGAGUACCUGAUACGGAGAAGGGAACAAGCAUCUUUUGUGAAAGAAAUUCAAAUAGAAAAUAGCUGUUAUUGUACUACACUACUUAACCUUAAGAAUGAUCAUGAACUCAGAGUCAACGCAAAAAGUGCUUUGGACGCGUUUGAG